AUGACGAGCGCAUUCAAUACCGACACCCCCACUCCAUGCGCCGCUGCCGCUGCCGUGAAGCAGCUUGUCAAGGACGACAAAGAAGCAAAGCUCAAGGGUAUCGGACUGCAGCUGGUGCAAGCCGCCAGCUCCACCAUGCUAGCUAGGCCCAUUUCUCCCUCCCCUGCCCACAGCGCCGCCGCCAGCCAACUCCCCUGCCUGGAGCGCCGCUGCCCUCUCCCCUGCCCGCAGCGCCGCCGCCCAGCUCCCCUACGCCGCGCCCCACCCCUCUCCCCUGCGCCACACUCCUCUCCCCCGCGCCCCGCCCCUGUCGCCUGCGCCACGCCCCGCCCCUCUCCCCUGCGCCACGCUCGCCUCCCGGCCGCGCCCUGUCCCGGCACCCGACCGCGCUCUGGCUCGCAGCCCUCCCCGCCCCUCGCAGCCCUCCCCGCCCUGGCUCGCCGCGGCGUGGCGACGCUCGCCGCCGCGGGGAUCGACAGCGUCGUCUUCGUCCGCAUCUUCGCCGCCUCCGGUGCUCGGCUUGAGCGCUGA